UGGAACUAUUCUUAGAAACUGUCAAAACAAAAGAAAAACACGUUUCAGCACUGAUUUGGGAGUGGGAGCAUUAAUUACACGGGGAAACAAUGAACAUUUAUUGGGGUAUCAAGUCAUUUCAAGUGAGUCAAGUCACAAGUCAGCAUUCAGGUCAAAGUUCAGCAAGUAUUUUCUAAUAUCAAGUAAUCAAAUUUGUGACUCAGAUCUGACUUGGGUCAAUUCAUUAAGUCAAAGUCCACUUCUCCGGUUGCAGGAUGGAUGUGACUUCAGUUGCAACUAAAAGCUGUCAGUUGCUCAUUAAAUACAAAUGAUGCAGUUUUCCCUCCGCCCACAAGGGGGCGCAGACUCCCUUUACAAAUAUGGCAGAUGGCCGUUUGAACUUAACCGGGCUAAGUGGAGAUUUAAGCGUUGUUUACAACUCGGGAGGUGUGUCCACAUGAUUACAAAGCUUUACUUUUAACCCCAGUUUCCGAGUCAGCGAGUGUCACAGCUGUUUAAAGUGUCGCAAAACCAUGUCCUCCCCAGAAAUUGCCUCCCUCUCCUGGGGCCACAUGAAGGUGAAGGGCUGCUCCUCCAGCUACAAGGACUGCAAGGUGUGGCCCGGAGGCAGUCGGGCCUGGGACUGGAGGGAGACGGGGACUGAUCAUUACCCAGGAGUGCAACCUGCUGAUCUGGAGGAGGUGCUGAAGAAGGGAAUAGACCUGCUUGUCAUUGGAAGAGGCAUGAGUGAAGCUCUCCAGGUUCCUUCUUCAACUCUGGACUUUGUGAAGCAGAAGGGCAUUGAAGUCAGAGUCCUCCCAACUCAGAAGGCUGUGGCUGAAUACAACAAGCUGGCUGUUCAAGGUGCCAAAGUGGGUGGCGUCUUCCACUCAACUUGCUGAUGUGGCCUCCCUUGACUUCAUUAAACAUGUUUUACAGCUGAUUGCUCCUUGUGCCGUGAGGUUUUCUCAGCAUCACUGCAAAGAAUAGCAGUGAGACUGAAACGCUGAAUCUAGACAGCAGGUUAAAUCACUGUUUAUUAACAACUUGAUUUUCCCGCUCUGUUGUUGUGAAGUGCUGUAAAUUUUAGAUAAACCUGGGAAAGUUGGUGAAGCCCUGAAAUCAUUUGGUAGCUCAGGCUUCCUGAUCGAAACAGGAACUUUGAUAGGAAUUCAUUUCCAACCACCUAAAUUGGUCACUUCUUUUCAAAGUUGUGCUUCUGUGUUUUCUUUAAAUAUGAACGAAACUUGUUUGAUAGAUACUGAGAUUUGCGAUUUGGAUUGUUUAUGUAUUUUAGAUACAUUAAACUGUUGUCACUCUCUCUCUCUCAGUUGUUAAAGUUUUCAGGAUUAUAUGAAUCAGUAAGAUGUAGUGAAACAUCAGUAUGUUUUUCAUAUAAGAAUGUAUUUCUGCUUGUUUGACAACAAAUAAAAUCAAUCUCUUUUCCAA